UUGUGGCUGAUAAAAAAAGUUUUGUUUUUAUUUUCUUUCAAAUUGAAAUCUCCUUAUUGCCCUUGAACCAAAAGGAUAUUUGUCAUAAACAAACAUAUAAAAUGUUCUCCAAGCCAUCUACACUUUUAAUGACGACCUUGGUCGUUCUUGCCGCCAUCACAUGGAAACCAUCAGCUGCACAAUUGGCCUUCCACACUGAUGCAAAUACCAAUUCGUUUACUUUGAAAGCUCCAGGCUUACAGCAGUCGUUUACUCGUUAUUAUGGUGGACAACGUCAGCAAGCUGCCGCUGCCGCGCAACAGCUAAACCAACAACAACCACAACAACAACAACAGCAAUUAGCUCAGCAACCUCAAGUUCAACAGCCACAGUUUGCUGCAUCACCACAAGCUUACAAUGGAUUCCAACAGCAACCUGCUCAAUAUCAACCAGCUCAACAAGCUGCUACAACAACAUACUAUCCUCAGCAACAAGCUGCUGCACCACAACAGCAACAAUAUCAGCCACAACAAUAUCAACCCCAGCAAUAUCAACCGCAAUAUCAAGGUGCUUUUGGUCAACAAUACCAACCACAAUAUCAACAACCCGCUUACGCUCAGCCCCAGGCUCAGCCUGAAGCUCAACAGCCUCAAGAUCAGCAACAAUAUUUGACAGCACAACAAUAUGCUGCCUACUUGCAACAACAGCAACAACAAUCUCAAUAUUACAACCAAGCUGAAGCUAUUACACCUCAACAGCAACAACAACAAUUGCAACAACUUCAUCAAUCUCAAUAUAACCAGCAACCUCAGCCAACUGCUGCUGCACAACGUGCUGCAACAACAUCAGCUGCUCCAGCUGAAAAUACUGCUGAAACCACCGAAGCUAGUCAAUUGGGAAUUCAAUACUCGCCAUCAAACCAGGUUUCACAUGUCAAGUUUUCCAGCGGUGGAUUGAAUUAUAAUUUUUAAUGAGUUCUUCAAGAAGAUGUCUACAAGAGAAGAAAAUUUUGGAUAGAAAACAUUUUGGAAUCAAAAACUUUUGUUUAGGAAUAUCUUAAAUGUGUCAAAAUAUUUAUUAAAUUAAAAUUA